AUGGCGGAUGUCAAUAUAGAAGGGUUGUCAUUAGGAGAAGAUAGGGAGGAGGAAGGCUUUUGUUUCGAUUUAGAUGAGGAAGGUGAUGAAGUAGGAGAUCUGAGUUGGUGCUUAGUGGGGCGGUUUCUAUGCGAUCGGCCUAUCCAUUUGAAUUCUAUGAGGUCGAAGGUAGCAGAUAUAUGGAGUCCAGUUAAAGGAGUUUCAAUCAAGAAGGCGGAUGAAGGUUUAUUUAUCUUCAACUUUGAUCAUGUUCUGGAUAUGGAGGCGGUUCUCACGGGUGGGGCAUGGACGUUUGAUAACAACCUUCUUAUAGUUGAAAGGGUGAAGAUUGGAGUGCAGAUAGAGAAUAUCCCACUCUUUCAUGUGACUUUUUGGAUUCAAGUUCAUAACCUGCCGGCGGGAAUGAUGUUGGAGAAAGUUGGGAAAGCCUUGGGAAAUUUUGCUGGGAGCUUUGUAGAAUAUGACAGAAAUAAUAAUACCAGUUUUUGGAGGAAAUACAUGAGGCUUCGGGUAAGGAUCGAUGUUCGUCAGUCGUUAAAGAAAGGGACAAAAGUAAAAAAUAAGGGAGGGGAGUGGUGCAACGUUUUGUUUAAAUAUGAGCGGCUUGGAAUGUUUUGCUUUGUAUGCGGUAUCUUAGGGCAUACUGAAGCUAAAUGUGAAGUCAAAUUUUCUAUGACAAGUGAUGAUGGCAAGAGAGAAUGGUCAUCAGAUUUAAGGGCGGACAACAAGAGAAGUGGAAGUAAUGCAGGCUCCAAAUGGUUGAAAGAUGAUUCAGCCGGUAUAGGAAAGUCGAUUGAUGGUGAGAGUAGGAGUGAGGAAUCUGUUGAACCAACGGAGACGGCGGCGGCAUGA